AUGGGCAACCUUUGCGGCAAAUCGUCCAAGGAGGACAACUUCCAGGGCGCCGGUCGCACUCUGGCUUCAGCCCCUACACCCGCGACCAAGGCAUCCAUCCCCGCAAGCGCCGUCAGUGCAGGUGGUCCUAGUGCGAAGCCCAAGGUGACGGGACCAGGACGUACGGUAGGCGGCGCUGGAGGCAGUGAUGGCGCAGAGGAUCCCAAAGCAGCGGCCGCGGCAGCAGCAGAGGUGCGUAGUGUAAAGCCGAAGAACGUGGUGAAGCCGAUGACCGUUACGGCUUGGAUCAAGCCCGUGACGGGAGACCUGGCAAAGAAGCUCGACGAGCAGAAGAAGCAGACACGCAAUCAGACGCUGCAGCAAGCCGCAUACGAGAACCGAGCGCAGCGCGACGCUGAUGCUGCGACCGAGACGCGGAAUUACAAUUGA